CUCUCAUUCAUUGCCUGGGCUCAUCGUGCACACACACUUCCUUUCCUGUUCUCAGUGUUCGUGGGUUUCUGUUUCUCUUAUCGAGACCACAAGUUUUGUGUAUCUCGGCCAGUCCGGCUGCACAGUUUACACGGGAACGAGGUCUCCUCUCCAGCUUUUGGUGAUUGCAGAAAUCCGAAAAUAGCAGCGACGAUCACCUCCCUGUAGCUGUAGCUGCACCUCUCGUUGGCCAAGCCCUGGCCUCACAGCCACCGACACCAUCCAAUUCGGCCGAUUCAGAGCGAUGGCGACACCUGACCUCGGCCUGUCUUUUUUCUCUCUCUCCCUUUUCCAGCGUCAUUUUGCCCCGGCAUAGGCAAGCUGAAAGAAACCGCCUGGCUGCGCCACCCGGUCGCGACGGCUCGUCCAACUCCAUUUGAAUCCCGACUUUUCCGUACAGAGUCCCCCCUCGGCCCCCGCCGCCGAUGACGGCCGAGAAAACCAAGCCAAGUGUUCCGGGUGCGCUGGACCCAGCACGCGACAGCCGACCUGUCGGUCUCCCUGGAGCGAGGUAGGGCCGCCUGCAGCCGACUAGUAAGUCACCUCUGCCGGCGUCCGAGAGCAAGGCGCCAUGGUAUACUGCGGGAAGCCCUCCAAGGGGUGCUCGAAUUGCCGCGAGCGCAAGAUUAAGUGUGACCAGCGGCAGCCUGCCUGUGGGCAGUGUGAAAAGCGGCAGGCAGAAUGUCCAGGCUAUCGCAACCAGGUGGAUCUCAUGUUCCGAGAUGAGAGUUCGCACGUCAUAAAAAAAGCCAAGGCCAAGGCUCGUCGUAAGGACGCCGAUGCGGGCAGUGGCGCAUCUCCGGACCAGCCGUUGUCGGCCGCCGCCCCCCGCACGGUCUCCGAGUCCGGCAGCGUGUCCCCUGGCCCCGAUAGCUCCGGGAGCCUGUGCGUCCCGGCGCGGCCCGCCUGUUCGUCCCGGGACCUGGAAGCCACGCUUCAGCUGCCAGCGCGGCCCGCUGUGGCCCGCGGCAUGGGCUGGCAUAGGCCGCCCUCGGUAACGUACGCGCUGAACCCAACGUACCAGGAGAGAGGCACUGCCUUCUUCUUCUCCCGAUUCGUCGCUAUCGACGAGAAGGCCUGUCACCAAAGAUUCGACUUCAUCUAUGAUGUGUGGAAGCCCCGGACCCUGACAGACGCAGCCCACCAACUCGGCGAGAUCGAUAGCGUCAUGGCCAGCAUGACCGCCGUCGGCCUGGCCGGCCUGGCCAACAUGACGCGCUCCGGCGACGUAAUGGACAGCGCCAGGAAGAGCUACGGCGCCGCCCUGCGCCUCAUCAACACGGCCCUUCGCGUGCCUGAUGAGGCCGUCAAGGACACAACUAUGCUCUCCAUCCUGAUCUUGGGCUUGUUCGAGAUGAUCGCCGACCGCGACGCCCGGACAGUGAGCGGCACCGUCAAGGCCUGGCACGAGCACGUCAACGGCGCAGCCGCCCUGGCCAAGAUCCGUGGCGUUGCCCAGUUCCGUACCCGCGCCGGCAUCAAGAUGUUCAUGAUGCUCUGUCAGACGGUUAUCCUGAGCUGCAUCCAGCAGGGCGUGCCCAUGCCCCAGUCGGUGCUAGAUCUGCGCGCUGAGCUGUCGCGCAAGUUCAGGUCGCUCAACGUCCCAGAAUCGCGCAUAGAGGUGUCCAUGCCCAUCUACCGGGUCCUUGAGUUCCGUCAUGAGGUCCGGAGUGGCAGUCUCGACUCGCCCGAGGCUGUCAUAGAACGCCUCAUCAAGAUGGACGAUGAUUUUGAGCACGUCAUCGCCAACCUGCCCUCCAGUUACCGCUACCACACCCUGCACCUUCCCUUCCCACACACGGACACCCUGGACGGCGUCUGCCACGUUUACCCCAACAUGGGCAAGCUCGCCAUCUGGAACGGUUUCCGUUCCUGCCGCCUGCUCAUUCUCGAGACCAUCCUGACCGAGAUACAUAGCCGGUACCAAAACGUUGACCCGUCCUCCGUCCCGCCUCGGCACGCUGCCGCGUUUGCGGCUGCCAGGGCAAGGCUCCCCAAGUUGUGCCGCGCAAUAGUGGCCAGUGUUCCUCAGGCCCUGGGCCUUUUGACCAGCCCUGCCCUUCCCGGGGCUGCCACUCCGAUCGCCACGGUCGAGGUCCGCGCUCCGGCACCCCAUGCGCGCCGCCAGCAACAGGUGCCCGUGCCCUCUCCGAGCGCUGUACCUGUUUCCGCCUGCCGUUCUCCAGACCUCGCAACGAUCCCCAUCGCGGACCGCGUUCUCGAUGAGUGCGGCCCUACCUUGUUGAACCCCACCCGAAGUCGAGACCCCGACGAAGAGACCCACCGCCUGAUGCUUCUAGCCUCGGCCGGCAACAAUAUUGUCUGGCCCCUGUAUCAUGUCGGUAUGUCCUCGGUAUGCUCGCCCGCUAUGAAGACUUAUUGCAUCAACAGGCUGCAGGAGAUAUACAGGGGGUCAGGCCUGCAACAAGCCAAGGCCAUAGCAUCCAUCAUGCAGAACCGGCGUGUCGUCCCGCGUUGGAUGGAGCUGCCGUUUGUUCAGGAACCUGGGGAGAGUCGAGAAGAAGUUGUAUGAUAUGCCGAUGAUGACAAGAGGGACCCCUUCAACCCCUUUCCUUUCGUGAUAAGACUGUAUAUAACUGUGUUUACCAAUUGUCGAAAUUCCCAAAUCCACCUGCUACCUUCCUCUUCUUUGGUUCGGGGGCUGCCCAUGAAUCGUC